AUGCACUGGGUGAAGUUGGCUCUACGAUUCAACAUUGUCACUGAACAACCACGCAGGGUAUCUCCAGACUCUCUGAAGAAUAAGCUACGAAAGUUACGGACCGAGUUUGUGUCGAUCCAGCGCAGCUUGACAGCAACCGAUAACGGCGAGAAGACGACCCCUGCGAUGCCAGGCUACUACGCGGGCAUGUUGGUUGCGUUUGCGGACCUGCAUGGGCUUGGAGACAUUGAGUUUAGCAUGGAGCGUGCUGCAAGUGCGAGCCUCAAUGAAGAUAAUCAAGGUCUGGAUACUCGUGCGAUCGGUGAGUCCAUUUCGACGAGCUCCAUGUGA